ACUAUCAGGUUGCUGUAUUCAGUAAUCGCGUCAUGUAAAUUGUAAUUUGGCAUCUGCCACCUGCCCAGUCUUUACUGUAAUAGUGCACGCAGUUCCCCACUCUCCAUACUCGGUAACCUGUUCGUUAUUAAUACCGUGAGGAUGUGAAUUCGUUUGACACUAUAUAGUUUACACUCGAUAGUCGAUAGUAGCCCCGAGUCCGGUAAAUCUUAAUACGCAGUACGUUCGGUUAGGACGUUAGGUAUUGUUAUUGUCGUUCGAUCGAUCGAUACAUAGGUCUGUAUGGACCAGAUUCUAGACUCCAGACGGACGACGUGUUCGACUGUGACACUGUGACUUCAUUAUCCAGCCAAGCGUGAUAUUCGACAUUCGUAAACACGAUGUGUCGUUGUUAUCUAACAGGAAGUGCGAUUAACCAACAAUGGAACGGUUAGCUGGUCGUGAAGAUGCUGCUGAAGAUGACGCCUGCCCGCCACAACGGGAAAUCGAUUGUAAACCGUAAUAAUUGCCCAUAGUUUCGAACGCAUACAUUGUUUUCAUGGAAUUUUGUAAAUAUUUGUUGCUCACCAUUUUCCUGUUUCAAAUGGUUUCAGUUGGAGCAAGACAAGCAUUUGACUUUCUCGGAUUUAUGUGGGGAUCAGUAUUAGCAAACUUUUUUGAACUUUUGUUUAUUAUUUUUGGAAUAUUUGGUGUAGUGCAGUCCGAUGUAUUAUACUUAUUAUCAUAUUCAGCAUGGAGUAUUGUUUGGUGUUUUUGGAAUAUAUUUGUAGUUUUAUAUUAUUUGGAAUUGUCAAUUUUUAGUAAUAGCUUUGAUUUGAUGAGUCUUGGUGCGGAUAGUGUUAGUUGGUGGGAAUCUAAUGGUCCAGGGUGCAGAGUAUUUUUUUAUCCAAAUCACACCGGCAUUGAAGAAGAUGCUAUUAAGCCGGUUAGACCAGAUUUGAUCACUGGAUGUGUUAUAGAUUAUCAAAAAAUUGAAACUGCUCAAGCAGCUUUACAAAUACUUUUCGCUGUUUUUGGUAUUCUUUGCAGCUUGUAUGUAUCAUGUUGUUCAAAAUCAAGGGAUGAAGGAAUUUACUACAAGAGUAAGCAACCAAAAACUAUUACACCAAUAUACUCUAUUGAAUAUAGUUCACGCCGAGGAGAUGAAAUUGAAGAAAUAAGUACCAUCAGUGGUAGUGAAGAUGGAGAUUUAGAUGCACAAAGUUCUCAUAGUAAACCCAUGACACCCAGACGAGUAAAACGAAGAAGUGUAACAUCAAGAGGUACAUUACCUCCUCCACAUCAAGCUCCACCGCCAUAUCUUAGACGGCAAUCUAGCUCUCAAUAUUCUAGUCGAAGACAUAAAAAUCCUGUUUCUAGACUUAUCCAACAACAGUAUUCAAAUAACGGUUUGAACGAUUCAUCCACAUCAAAUGAUUCAAGCCAUCCUUUGUUCCCUGAAUGUCGAGUUGAACUUAGACAUGUUAACAGCAGAGGCAUUGUGAAUCCUGCCUUAGAUACUGAAUCUGAACGUCCAACAUCAGCACGUUCAACAUAUUCAAAUUUCCAUGGAGCACGAGGUCGGCCCAGACAAGUUAGCACUCAUUCUACUUUUUUUGCCCCAUCAGAACAACCCCCUCCAGCUUAUCGUAGUAAUGCUUCUGUUAAUUCAGAAACUGUUAUAUGAUUAAGAACAAAUAUAGAAAAUGUAGUUCAAAGUAGAUACAAUUUUAAGAUCUCAUUUUUAUUUUAAUGUUACUACUUAAUGUAACUAAAAAAAAUGGUAGUAGUUUAAUAUGCUACCUACAUUAUUUAUAGUGCACUUAUUAGUUUGCUUAUGUAUGUUCAAUGAUUUUAAAAAUGAGGCUUGAGUGAAAGGACACUCUUAUUCCUAUUGUUUUAGACAUUACACACACCAUAUAGUAAAAAGAUUUUGUAAUAACCAAUAAUACUUGGUAUUAUCAAAUUUAUCAUGUAGUAACCACUACUAUUCACAAUCUGCCAGUAGAAAAAAAAAA